AUGCAGCGGCUUUCAGAGGAGAUAAGGGGUCUGGAAAAGGAACUUAGUGUCCUCAAACGACAAUCCAGCAAGCCAAAGCCCAUGUCUAUCAAUGGCAUAAAAGACAAUGAAGAGAAGGAAAUCAGUGAAACAACUCUUACAGAGAAAGUUGCCGCUAAGAAGUGUGAGGAAACAAAGCGACAAAGAAAAUUGGACGAAUAUUCUCAACUUCUUUUUUCAGAGGACAGUGAAUCAGAGGGGUCACUUGAUCUAGACGCAACGCAACCCCCGACACAGCCUCCGACAACAAGCUCCACUUCAACAUCUCCAUCAACCCUAAGCCCAGGGCCAAGCACAGUGCCUGUUGGAAAGCCAAGAAAAAGACAAAUAAAUCAUUUUUUGGCUAUUGAAAACCCAUCAACACCUGAUUUUGACCCCGACGUUGAAAGUUCACAAAGUCUACUUAAAAGAAGAAAAACAACAACAAAAGGCAAGUCAACCCAGACACUUUUCACUGGCUCUUUCGCAACUAAUACUUGUUGCAUCAUUUACGAUGAGAAGACUCUGGUAGAAAUUGUAAAUGUCAAUGAGAAAAAAAUACAAACACAUGUUUUUGGCACAGUAUUGGGACUAAGUUCAAACAUAUACUACAAAUUCUAA